AUGUUGAUCUCGUUUUUCUUCGUUGCAGGGCUUUUGUCCUUUUUCACGCCUGUCGUCUCGGCUGCUUCUACGACUAAUGGGGCUAGUAUUUACAACUUGCCGCUUGGAUCGAAUUCCAAUUACACGUUUGCAUUGAAUAUCCCAGAUGAUUCUACGGAUCUGUACUUCCAUCUGUCUGGGCCGACUAGUUAUAGCUGGCUGGCAGUUGGAACGGGGAGCGAGAUGAAAGAUUCUCUGAUGAUCGUUGCUUACUCAAAUGCCGAUGGAAAAAAUGUUACCGUCAGCCCUCGACUCUCGUCUGGUGAACAGGAACCGGAGUACUCAUCAUCGCUCGCGGUCACACUUCUCGAUGGCACGGGUAUUGCCAAUAACACAAUGACGGUGAAUGGCCGAUGCUCGAACUGUACAACUUGGAAGAUGGGAUCGAGGACUGGAUCAUUGGAUUUGAAGUCUUCGUCUCAGCCAUGGAUCUAUGGGCUGGGUCCGACUGGUGGUAGCGCUAGGAUGCUGCGGAGUGACUCGAAGACGGCUAGUAUUGAGAGGCAUUCGAAAUACGGUGUCUUUGACAUGGAUAUGGUUCAUGCCACGGGUGGAUCAGGUGGACUGCCUACAUCAUAUACUACCGCCCAAGGCUCAUCGUCAGAAGGAGGAGACAAGGACGACAGCAACUGGCCCAGCAUCAUCCACGCGCUCUGCCUAGGCGGAGCACUCAUUCUCCUCUUCCCAUGCGGUGCCAUUCUCCUCCGCGUCUUGCCCAAGAGUGUGCGCUGGCACUGGGUCAAUCAGACCAUUUCAACCUGCCUUGCCGGUAUCGGUCUCGUGAUUGGAUUCUACCUCAGCACCCAAUUCACCAAGUCCCAGUCAUGUAGUUCCACUCACCAGAUUCUCGGAAUCGUCAUCUUGCUGGCUAUCAUCGCCCAGUGGGGUAUGGGAUUCUGGCACCACCGUCUGUACAAGAAGACGCAGACCUCGUCCAUGUUUGGUGUUGUCCAUCGCUACUUUGGAUUCGUCGUGAUCCUCCUUGCCAUUAUUAAUGGUGGGAUUGGACUUCGCUGGUCAUACGCAUCUAAUGGUGUCCUCAUUGGAUACUCCAUCGCCGUUAUAAUUGUCAGCGUUGUGAUUAUUGGUCUCCUGGGUUGGGCACGGUUCAAGACGAAUCGUGGUGCAAAGGGUUUCGUUCGGCAACCCCAGGAGCUGGAUGAGUUCCAGACCAGCGAUCUAUCGGAUGGUUAUGUAGACCGUAGUGCGGGCGGGUCUCAUGGUUAUGAUCGUUAUUGA